UCUUUGUGGUUACAUUUUUAAUAAUAAGAUAUUUGAUACAUCUGGAAUUUAUUUUGGUGUAAAGAGGGUGAGAAUCUCACUUUCCCUCCAGCCGAUUAGUCAUUUCUUUGUACACAGUUCAUCCAAUAAUCCAACCUUCCCUCUCCCAUGCCCCCACAUUUUCAUUAUGUUUUACAUUUCCUAUUGUAUCUUUUUUCCCUAUUAAAUUGUGACAUCUUUUAUUAGAACCAUGGGACCACAGGACAUAGGGCAGCAGCAAGAAUCCAGCUACAGCUAAGGUAGUACAGGUCUGCAGCUUGCACGCAUAAGUAAAACCAAUCUAGGCACUGUGUGGGGUUUCUUCCCUUCCGCAAGUCUGCAACAAGGAGCAGUUAGAAGAAGCAGGCCCUUGAAUUACUGAGUUUGUUACAUCAUUGAGUAUUCAUUAGAUAACUGGGGUAUGCAGGGGCUGGAGGGCGGGAGAGGCCAAGCUAGGAGGGAGGCUGUCAACUUGUCUUUGUUAGCUAGGCAGUCUUUAUUUUCCAGUCUUGUCUAGGUUCCUUUAUCUCACCCUAAGUAUCCAAAUCUUCCUUGAAAUGGGGUUACAGGGCGUCCCCACCCCAUCACUUGCCAAACCCUUAUCGCCUGUCCUGGCCUACAGUCUCGAUGGAAAGACAGAAAAUAGGAAAAGAGUGAUUGGAUCGCGGUGGGGCGGGGUAGACGGCCGGGGUUCGGAGGCAAAGGGCUGGCGGGGAGGGAGGAGGCGUGAAGAGGACCUUAGUGCUUCGCUGGCUUCGCGCCCCCGCAGUGUCCUCCGCGCCCACCAGAAGGCGCCCCAGCGCUCUCAUUCUCGGCGCGUAGCCUGACGCUCCUCCGCAACCGGCACCCGAGCCGAGCCGCCGCGAUCUGAAAAGCCGGGCGGCGGCCGGGACUUUCCCGGCCCGGCAAGUGGGACAGGGUCCCAGGGAACCCCGGAUUUGUUUCAGGGAUUGACGUGCGGCGGUUUCUCGACUCCGAUCCCCCAACCCCGCAGGAAACGCCCAGAACCACCCCAGCGCGGUGGUCUACAAAGCCCGGAGAGUCCAAAGGCGGGCGGGGUCGUGCGCGCUCGGGAGGCAGGAGGACUCCCCCUCACUCUCAGAUUCACGCCCGGCUCCCCAAUCAGGACGCCUCCAGCCCCAUGAGGACUCUCAGGCCAGGGCUGAGAGCCUGGCACAGCCCUGACCGAAAUCUUGCAGCGGCCUUAAAGCGUUAAGACAGGAUGCGGCUGGGCCGCCGGGCCCUCGGUGUGCUCGUCCUGCUGCUCGCCUGCGCCUCGCUGGGGCUCCUGUACGCGAGCACCCGGGGCGCGCCGGGCCUCCGGGCACCUCUUGCGCUGUGGACGCCCCUACAGGGCAACCCCAGGCCAGAACUGCUAGGUCUUGCCCCUGAGCCCAGAUACGCACACAUCCCGGUCAGGAUCAAGGAGCAAGUGGUGGGGCUGCUGUCUGCGAACAAUUGCAGUUGUGAGUCCAGUGAGGGACGCCUCCACCUCCCCUUCCAGAGGCAGGUCCAAGCCUUUGACUUCACCAGGGCCUUUGACCCUGAGGAGCUGAGCACUGUGUCUGCCUCGAGGGAGCAGGAGUUCCAGGCCUUCCUUUCAAGGAGCCAGUCUGCUGCUGACCAGCUGCUCAUAGCCCCUGCCAACUCCCCGCUACAGUACCCCCUGCAGGGUGUGGAGGUCCAGCCCCUCAGAAGUAUCUUGGUACCAGGACUGGGCCUGCAAGCCACUUCUGGUCAGGAGGUAUACCAGGUGAACCUGACUGCCUCCUUGGGCACCUGGGACGUCGCAGGGGAAGUAACUGGAGUGACUCUCACCGGAGAAGGGCAGCCAGAUCUCACCCUCACCAGCCCAGGCCUGGACCAACUCAAUCGGCAGCUGCAACUGGUCACUUAUAGCAGCCGAAGCUACCAGGCAAAUACAGCAGACACAGUCCGGUUCGCCACUGAGGGACACGAAGCUGCCUUCACCAUCCGCAUAAGACACCCACCCAACCCUCGGCUGUACCCACCUGGGUCUGUACCCCAGGGAGGUGAGACUGCCCAGUACAACAUCAGCGCUCUGGUCACCAUUGCCACUAAGACCUUCCUUCGUUACAAUCGGCUACGGGCACUCAUCGCCAGCAUCCGCCGCUUCUACCCAACGGUCACAGUGGUAAUCGCCGAUGACAGCGACAAGCCAGAGAGCAUUAGAGGUCCCCACAUCGAGCACUAUCUCAUGCCUUUUGGCAAGGGCUGGUUCGCAGGCCGGAACCUGGCCAUAUCCCAAGUAACCACCAAGUACGUGCUGUGGGUGGACGAUGACUUCGUCUUCACGGCGCGGACUCGACUAGAGAGGCUUGUGGACGUGUUGGAGCGGACGCCGCUGGACCUGGUGGGGGGCGCGGUGCGCGAAAUCUCCGGCUUCGCCACCACCUACCGGCAGCUGCUGAGCGUGGAGCCUGGUGCGCCAGGCCGGGGGAACUGCCUCCGGCAGAAGCGCGGCUUCCACCACGAGCUCGUCGGCUUCCCGGGGUGCGUGGUCACCGACGGCGUGGUCAACUUCUUCCUGGCGCGCACUGACAAGGUGCGCGAGGUCGGCUUUGACCCGCGCCUCAGCCGCGUGGCGCACCUGGAAUUCUUCCUGGAUGGACUUGGUUCUCUUCAAGUGGGCUCCUGCUCAGAUGUCGUUGUGGAUCACGCAUCCAAGUUGAAGUUGCCUUGGACCUCAAGGGAUGCGAAGGCAGAGACUUAUGCUCGGUACCGUUACCCGGGAUCACUGGACGAGAGUCAGGUGGCCAAACAUCGUCUGCUCUUCUUCAAACACCGGCUCCAGUGCAUGACCUCAGAGUGAUGGCCACUUGGGGCCUUUCAGUUGUCAGACUGGGCCUGCCUCCUUGUCCCUGCCAGGAAUUCCUAGCAAACCCCACCAGCCAGUGACCACUCCACUGACUGUCCCAGUCUCCUUCAGAACUUGAUCCCAAACAGGGGCUUGUCCUGGUGUCACUCCUCCUUUCUGCAAGUGCCCAGGGGCAUGAUGGAGCCAUAACUUGUCCCACAGCCAGUGCCAAGUCCUCCCCCCAACCCCUUCCCCUAGGGCAGGAAGUGGGGGGUUGCUUUUCAAGUGCCAAAGAGCCCACAGGGGGACUCUAGAAACCUAAAGCAGAAAUACUCUUCUCUCAUCUCCUUGGUACUAAGGGGUUGGGGAAGCCCCCAGUAUAUAGUCCCAGGGCUGUGCCCCUAUCUCUGGAUCCAGGACUCUGUGCAGUGGCUGCAGCCUCACCCCCAUGGAGAGAAUGGAGUUGGAAUGGGGGCUGGUGAACAUACAGGGGAAAGCC